GUUGUGGCCUUGCAAACAAGGUUGUUUGACGAGUUGAAACGUUUGAUUUUUCAAACUGUGAUAACCGUUAAACGUGAGCGGUCGGUGCGGCCGUUGCGAGCCUUCCGGCUUUUUGGCUUCAGCGCAAAUUCGACAAACCCACACCGUAACUACUGAAACCUGAAACUCAUGCGCGCAAAAUAAAAUGGAUGUCCGAACACAAUUAUCGCCAGUUAGCAAUAUGCAUGCAAACGAUUGCAAAACGCCACCGAAGAAAUUAUUUACGUUUCAUGGACUUCUGGGGCAAUCUCACACGAAUAACUAUCAAACGCCACCCGCACGCAUCACCAAACUGAAGAAUCCCUUCGAGCAAGUUCUUCGCGAACAUCUGGGCACGAAUUUCAUAAGUCCAACGUUAUUUACAAAGAAAACUCCGGUGAAAAAGGAAUUCUCAUGGACAAUCGACGAACUUUCCAUGCUGCAGCCGGCAGAAAUCGAUGAGAACAGCUCCCAUCAAUUCGAAUCUCCUGAACACGACGAAGUAACUCAAUCCCGCAUCGAUUCCUACUUUAGCAUGCAACAAAUUCUCCCUAGUCCAAUGCUGCCAUGUGAAGGUGUGCCCCUAAUCAAACCCGACCGUGAGGUCUUCUCACCCACAUCCACUACAACAUCAUCAUUACCUGCUCACCCAGUACAAAUAACAUCAUCCUCUGCUCAAACAGUUUUAACUUUACCACCAGUUCUCCCCGAAGAAGUUGAACGCGUCCUGAAGCCUUACUUCUCUUUUACUCAAGACCAACAAAAUGUCGGCUACGACGUUCGGCAAGACUCUGAAUUUUAUAAAAAUUAUUCGAUGAUUCUCAAUCACCACCACAUGAAGAAAGUGAUGAUGAACCAACAGAGAAGUUUAGUUCGCCGGUUCGAAGACUUUCAGAGUCACGAUUGCACUAUAUGCAUAGCACGUUGUAUCAACGCACGAUCGGCACUCCGGGGAAUUAUGACGCGAUUAAUCUUUGUCCAUUGUCGCCAAUGCACGACUGCUGUUCGUGUGAAGGAUGAGACUGAUAAAAAUGAAACGGAGAAGAAUUCUAGUCAAGUUAUGUCAAUUGAUGGAAGUUUCGUUGUGCCGGAUUGCUCUGCUGUUGAAAAACACAACAGUUCACAACUUGAUUCAUCUCAUCAUUCAUCAGAUGCUUUGGGUACAUCAACGAUGAAUUGGGACAUAGAGUACAAAGACAUGUUUUCUCCACUCGCGCAAUCAAACGCUGCCACGGAAGCAAUGGAGAUGUCUAGAUUAAACACCCCGAAACAACGUCCUGUUCUCUCUCAGCGCAAAAAACUCUCGGACAGUUUUGGCAACGAUGCCCAAGUGGACGAAGACGAUGAAGAUUACAUGGCAAUGUCACAACAGAGCAUCAAAACAGAUGAGCACAACGAAUCGGGAUAUCACAGUGCUCCGAGUUUUCUUCAAGCAAAUCAAACCAAUGCGCCAGUGACAACUUCAACAAUAAACUCCACGAUGGCAGAAGCUACGUCGUUAUGGGCUUCCGUGGAUGUAGUGUCAUCCACGCCAACUAAACGAAAGCAGUGCUCUCUAUAGCAUGUGAUUCCUAUACAAUUUAGUAAAUUAAGUAAUCGGCAUAGACAAGUCUGAAAUAUGCUCAAUUGAUUCUAUACACUGUGCCAUCGUCAUUUUCUGUAUGCAAUGUACAAAUUAAUCAAAUGUUUCAUUCUCUCUCAUGAUAAAUCUGAGAUGAAGCAAUGAUUAUGACUGAAUACUUCAUGUACGCUAUGAUAGUUAACUAUUUUUCUUGUUAUGAGCUUGUGCAAUUUUUGCACCUGUAUUUAAAUCUUGCAAAUAAUACCAGGGUCAAUCAAAGAUAA